AUGGAAGAGACGGGAACAACGGUGUGGAAGCAGGUUACGGCCAUGCACUACAACGCCCUCCAGAAACAGAGUGCAGAAGGAAGGUCUGAAGUUGGCUACACAGCGCCACUGAUCAGCGGCGGCAACAGGCCAGCCAAGACAGCUACUGCCUCUGAUGAGGUAAUCGUCCUGUCAGAUGAAGACAGUCCUGCCUCAGCAUCUCCAAUUAGUGCCCCCCAGGAAGGAGGGUCUGCGGACUUGAGUCAAAUCCAGCAGCUCCUGGAACAGGAAGAGAAGGAACUCAGACGCCUCAAGCAACUCCGAGGAAUCCAGGCCCCCGUUGCCACGACAACCAGCUCAGACAUGGAGCCUGUCAAAUCGAGAGCCUCAACCAAAAGUAACAUUAUAGUUGUCCCUGGUAACCAGGUACAGAAGUCAAUCACAAUGUCUGCUGGAGGGACUGGGAUUUCGUCACGACUGCAGCACAUUGUUGACAGCAUUGCAGUUGACCAGGCUUUCCCUCCCUCCCACAAGUCAGGAGCCGCCCAGGCAGCUGGUCGAAGUUAUGCUCCUACCAAUAAACCAGGCUGUGAGGUCACCUCUGACCCUCUAACCAUGACGACCAAGGCUCCUCCCCCUCUUCUUCCGACCCCUGCCUCCACUGCUCCUUCGGGGAAGACACUGGUGCCGGUGACCUCUGACCCUGGCCCCCCCUGUCUAAAGUCAGUGGACCCGGAGAGGGAGAAGACAGUGAUGGCUGCCGUGGAGAACUCAAGGCGAUACAAAGAGUACCUCUCCAAAAACCAGGUAGCCAAAAAGACGUUUCAGAAGCAGAUCGAGAGGAAGAUCGCAUCGGCUCCUUACCCCAAGACCUUCCGACAAGUGUGGCCUGUCAUCCCUGUCUUUGACAACUCUUUCAUUCGUAAUUAUGGGCUUGAGGCCAUCAUGCAGCACUUUGACAGUAGCCUUGCCAGUUCUGCAGCUCAAGAGAAGGCCAACAGCAGCUCCAAAGUGAAGCCGAUCUGCAACCAGUGUGGCUGUGACUUUGCCUCAGCCUGGCAGAUACGGAAGAGCAACUCGAAACAACUGCUACUCUGCGAAGCAUGUGACUUUGCCAAUCUGAAAAUCCUGCAGAGGUCAAAGCUGGCAAACCAACUGAGGGACCUGCUGGCUUCCAUUUCAAAGGAGAAGGAGAAGUUUGAGGCAGAGUGUGAAGAGGCUCGAAAGCAAGUCGUUUCGAGUGAGCGGCAGUUGGUGCAAGCCAUGAUGGCGCAGCCACACAACCUUCCCUCUCUGUACCCCUCAACCCAGAAGACCUCUGUCACUGCAUCUGCCGCCAGGAUCCAGAGCUCGCAAAGCUCACGAGGGAAGGUGCAUGGCAGUGCAGGUGUGGUGAGCACCAUGCAGGCUGUCAUCCCCAGCAUCCUGCCGUCCCUCUCCUCCAACAGGGAGACUGCAAAUGGCUCGAGGAAAAGAAAGGAGCCAGCAGCCACACCCAUGCCUCCUGCAGGCAAGUCCCUGAAGCUGGACCAGACACUUGACAAGUUGUCAAAAGCUCUGCUAGAGCGCAAGUUGGAUGAGCAGCGUCAGCAAGCUGGGGGAAAGGGGGAGGGAGCUGGGGGAGGCCCUGACAGCCGCAAGAGCAAACGGAAAGGAACUCCGCGUCAUAAACGUCACCUCAGCUCCUCCUCUCCAAACAGCCCGUAG